UAACGUAACACAGCAUUUAUUUGUUCUUUUAAGGUUGGUACCUCAAUUCAUAUAACCUAAAAACGAUGUUAAUGUGCAUGCAUUGGCUAUAGUUGGCACGCCGCUGAUUUUAAUAUCAUAGUGUGAAAGAAGACAAAAGCCGGGAAAAAGUACAUAUCCAUAACUGUGGAAGUAAUUUAUCAUUAGUAUUCUUUAGAAAAGAAAAACCAAUUUAAAAAUGAGUAAGGCGCAUCCUCCAGAGCUUAAAAAAUAUAUGGAUAAAAGAUUAUCACUAAAACUCAAUGGAGGAAGACAUGUUAUUGGAAUUUUACGUGGCUUUGAUCCGUUUAUGAAUAUGGUUAUAGAUGAAAGUGUCGAAGAAUGCAAAGAUGGUACAAAGAACAAUAUUGGAAUGGUGGUAAUACGUGGAAAUAGUGUAAUAAUGUUAGAGGCUUUAGACAGGAUAUGAAUUGAAAUACUAAAAAUAUAAAAAUGUAAUAUAUAUUCUUAAGGAAAUAACUAAAUAACUUCUUAUAUCAUACAUAAUAUUAAUAUCAUAUUUAUUCAGCCUUUGAAAUAUAAUUCUUGACCAGUCAGUUUGUAAAGACAAUUAUUUUGAAUAAAAAGUUUUCAUAUUAAA